ACUCACUUCGUCAUUGGAAUAUUACUGUGUUUGGACUAGAACACAAAGGUGACAUUUUGAGUUAUAUAUUGCAUGGAUGAAAUGGGACCUACAGUCAAAACAAGUGGUACAAUCGACGUCGACAAAGUCCACUUACUGAGCGAGAGCGAAUCAAGGAUGCAGAAACCUUUCAAACUACGCAAAACGUUUGGUAAGUUUCCUAACGUUUUCUGAUUCGACCAUGCUUUAACUAAACCCCCUUUAAACUGGAAUUUGUUUUCAUUUAACCUCCUGUUUGCUUUCUAGGCGAAAGACAGACCGAAGCUCAUGGAAUUCGAGUGAAAUUUCCUGCUAAAAUCCCAGUAAGUGUGCCUUAAUAACUUCAUAGUCUUCGCUACGGCCUCGCAUGUUUACAGCAACAGAAACAGGAUCUAUCUUGAAUGUCAAAGUGCAUUUAGUGUCCGGGUUGUCCUCGAAUAUAGAUGCAGUGUAGCACGCUUUUUGGAAGAGGUUCAAAUUGUCCCGUAUUGCCUUGAGGCUUUCUUUCCUGAGGAGGUACAAAGACCCCAAAUUUGGUUUUAUAUAUUUGCCUUGUCAUGAACUGAAUGGGCAUCGCAGCUUUGCCCAUUUUUGUCAGCUGUGGCGUGCGGACAUGACAAAGCAUAGCAAACAAAACUUAGCAAACAAAGCAUCUUUAUACUGUCAAAAUUUUGACCAACUUUAGAACUUCCUUUCCUUUACAGGUUAUUGUAGAAAGAUAUCAGAAAGAGAAAAAUUUACCACAACUCGAUAAAACGAAAUUUUUGGUUCCCGAAGAAUUGACGAUCAGUCAAUUCGUAACAAUUAUUAGGUAAGUGACUAGUACUACAUUUUUGUUGCAAUUUUGUCAGUUAGAACACUUCGUAGAACAUUGGAACGUUGUUUCUUUAAAUCCUAGAAAUUGCGUAAGUAAUUUCUUCGAACUUUUUAUAGCCUAUUAAAUUUGAUAUCUUUUGCCUUGAUUGUGCAAUAACUGUAAUCCACUAUUGCAUAAGUCAUUAUGCAAUAGACCUUUUUCCAUAUUUAGGUGGUAGUUAGCAAAUCUGGUAUUUCUUAUUUCCGUUUAUAAAAAAAUUGUGAAAAUAAACAAGCAAAGAUUUACCAUCAAACUAACUUUAUUUACACAUGCUUGUGCCUUUAUCAGGUUGAUGACAGGAUGACAUAAAAACAAUAUGUCACUGAUAUCCCUUUUUGUCCUGCUACUUUAAUUGUUGUAUUCAUGCAUUGGUGGCAGCACUCUCCUGUUAACAAGUAAAAUAAUAAAGAAAGGUGCAUCAGGGUGCAUUGCCACUUAUUUUAUUAUUGUGUUGUUGUGUGCAGUAAUUGUCCUUUGCAAGAGAUUGUGAAAUGUGUUUCAAAGCAAAGGAUAAGAAACACCAAUGAAGUGCUAAGUUUGGCAUCUCAAAAUAUUGCCUUUAAUCAGUAAAAGGUUCAUGUUUGCAUGAAACUUUAACAGGUGACAAAUGAUUGCAAACAAUGGUAAUGUUGACCAUUGCAAAAUAUUUUACACCAGUAUUCAUUCUA